GUUACGUCUAAGCUCGGGGAGAGAGAAACUGAUUCUGUGCUUUGGGAGAAGAGAGUCGUGUGGUCCUGGCGCUCAUAGAGACGACGAGAGAGAGGUGGCCAGUUGGAAAGUCGUCCACUACUUGCGUAACUGUAUUGGCCUGUCUGCCAUCCGCUAUGCCGCUGCCCGUUGCGUUGCAGACCCGCUUGGCCAAGAGAGGCAUCCUCAAACAUUUGGAGCCUGAACCAGAGGAAGAGAUCAUUGCUGAGGACUAUGAUGAUGAUCCUGUGGACUAUGAGGCUACCCGGUUGGAGGGCCUGCCACCAAGCUGGUACAAGGUGUUUGACCCUUCCUGUGGACUUCCUUACUACUGGAAUGUGGACACAGACCUUGUGUCCUGGCUUUCCCCACACGACCCCAACUCUGUUGUUACCAAAUCCGCCAAGAAGCUCAGGAGCAGUAAUGCAGACGCUGAGGAGAAGCUGGAUCGGAGCCAUGAGAAAUCAGACCGUGGCCACGAGAAAUCGGACCGAGGUCAUGAGAAGUCAGACCGCAGCCAUGAGAAGUCAGAGCGGAACCAUGAGAAGUCUGACAGGGACCGGGAGCGUGGUUAUGACAAGGUAGAUAGAGAGAGAGAGCGGGACCGGGACCGGGACCGCGGGUAUGACAAGGCUGACCGAGAAGAGAGCAAAGAACGGCGCCACCAUCGCCGGGAGGAGCUGGCUCCCUACCCCAAGAGCAAGAAGGCAGCAACCCGAAAGGAUGAAGAAUUAGACCCCAUGGACCCCAGCUCAUACUCAGAUGCACCCCGGGGCACGUGGUCAACGGGACUCCCCAAGCGGAAUGAGGCCAAGACAGGUGCAGACACGACAGCAGCUGGGCCCCUCUUCCAGCAGCGCCCUUACCCCUCCCCAGGGGCUGUUCUCCGGGCCAAUGCCGAGGCCUCCCGAACCAAGCAGCAGGACUGAACCUCCCCCCACCCCCCCCCACCC